AUGGAGGGUAAUCACAGUGUCCUGACCGGUAGCACACAGCCGUCUGUGUCAGGAGAGCAGACAGACGGACACGUUUAUGAGGUUGCGGUACAGAACAACUCCACCAACCACAGCUCUGGGUUUGCAGAUGUGGCUCUGCUGCAGAUGUUCAAGCCCCUCAUCAUCCCCUGUUACGUGCUUGUUGUGGCAGUGGGCGUCUUUGGGAAUUAUCUGCUGCUCUAUGUCAUCUGCCGAACCCGCAAGAUGCACAAUGUUACCAACUUCUUCAUCGGAAACCUGGCCUUCUCUGACAUGCUGAUGUGUGUGACCUGCGUACCUUUUACUCUCGCCUACGCCUUCAACCCACGUGGUUGGGUUUUUGGGCGCUCAAUGUGCUAUCUGGUGUUCCUCAUCCAACCAGUCACAGUCUAUGUUUCAGUCUUCACACUCACUGCUAUUGCUGUGGACAGAUAUUAUGCCACAGUUCAUCCCCUGAAGAAGCGCACCACUGUGGCCACCUGUGCCUCUGUCCUCACUGGCAUCUGGCUGCUGUCCUGUGGGCUGGUGGCUCCAGCGGUCACCCACACCUACCACGUGGAGUUCAAAGAUGAAGGCUUCACCAUCUGUGAGGAGUUCUGGUUGGGGCAAGAGAAAGAGAGACGUGCUUAUGCAUACAGCACCCUGUUGGUCACCUAUGUCCUGCCAUUAUCAGCUGUCUUUGUGUCUUAUCUCUGUAUCACUGUCAAACUGAAGAACUGUGUCGCACCAGGCCACAGAUCACAAAACCAGGCAUGCGCUCAACAAGCCCGUAAGAGGAAGAUCUUUCGUCUUGUUGCACUCUUGGUGUCUGCCUUUGCAGUGUGUUGGCUUCCUAUUCAUGUAUUCAAUGUGCUGCGAGACAUAGACAUCCACCUCAUUAACAAGCGCUACUUUUUACUCAUCCAACUGCUUUGCCACCUGUGCGCCAUGAGUUCAUCUUGUUGUAACCCCUUCCUCUAUGCGUGGCUGCACGACCGCUUCCGCGCCGAGUUACGGAAGAUGUUCAAGUGCCAUCAUCGCAUUGGAGUGCCUGCAAAUCACUGUGCUGCCAGUGUGGUCUUGUAA